AUGGAUUCAAAAGAUCACAUUGCAGCAUUUUCUACCACCUCGACUAGUGAAGACGGUGCCUCGGUGUAUGAGGUCGAUCAGGCUCGUGAUGUUUCCGGUGAUAUCUUGGACUCGGGUCUUCGACGUGGAUUAAAAGGCAGACAGUUCUUGAUGAUUGCUCUAGGAUCCAUUGUUGGACCCGGUUGUUAUUAUGGUCUGGGAUAUACUAUUAGUUUAGCUGGUCCAGUAGGUAAUCUGGUGGGUUUCGCCAUCCUGGGUAUUUUUGUUUGGAUUCUUAUGCAAUGUGUUGGAGAAAUUACUUGUCUGUUCCCCGUAGCUGGUGGAUUUAUUGAACUCGCAGCUACUCAUGUUGACCCAGCUCUCAGUUUUUCCAUGUCUUGGUUAUAUUAUAUAAUGUGGUCGGUAUUCUUGGCUGCUGAUUGGAAUACAGCGACACUGGUGCUUCAAUAUUGGAUUCCAACCGACAAGGUGCCAAUGUGGGCCUGGCUCCUGAUAUUCUGGGCAUUUUUCUCUGUUCUGACCACUCUGGGUGUUGGCGUUUACGGAGAGAUGGAAUACUUCUUCGGCAUGGCCAAAUUCGCUUCUCUUAUUAUUUUAUUUUUUAUUUCAAUUCUUGCCAACGUUGGAGCGUUUGGAAAUGGCUACGUCGGUUUCAAGUACUGGGAAGCACCAACUGGUAAGUACCUCAAAAGUGUAUAG